UAGGCAACAAAGAUGCGAUAUAGAAAAAAACUCAACUCGAAGUGAAUGUUUUUUCUGUUUUUGUAUUAAUUGAAUCUGCUACAGCCUAUACUUAAAGCCAUUUUUUGUCAUUUAAUAAGAGUUUUCGUUCUUCCUGACAGCCAUGCCUCUUCCAGACACCAUCUACUGUGCCCAGCAAGUCCACAUCCCCCCCGAGCUGCCAGGCAUCCUCAAGGCGUUUACCAAGGCAGCCAUCCGGACCCAGCCCCAGGAUGUGCUGGUCUGGGCGGAAGCAUACUUUACAGCCCUGGCAAACGGAGAGGUUCCACCUGUCACGGAGAGGGCAGAGUCCAGCCUUGGCCCUGGGUUGACUCCAGGACUACUGAAGACCCUCCACAAGCAGCUUUCCACCAGAAAAACAUGCAGCAAGGAAGAACUGCAGAUGAAAUGGAAGAGUCUCUGUCUUCCCAUGCAGCAGCUACAGGAGCUUCUGUUCUUGGGCGGCUUUGACUCAGAAGUCGACUGGAUGGAGUUUUUCGCCCUGGGCUGCAGUGCUUUAGGAAGGAGCCUUUUGAGUUCCCUAAAGUUUGCCUGUGAGAUCCUGACGGAUGAUGAGGAGGGUGGUGCUGCACGAAUCCCGUUUGAUACCUUUGUCAGACUCUACACCUACUUGGCUCACAUAGAUGAUGACUUGACACAGGCCAACAUUGACGAAUUCCUCACCAAUCUGCAGCCAGAAAUCAACCUCCAGAACGGCAUGAUUAAGGUUUCCAACUUCUACACGGAGAGUGGGAUGGAAGAAAGAAGAAAAGAAAGAAAGCAGGAGUGACUACAUGUCACCCAUUAUUGAAGAAUUUAAAAUGUGAAUUUAUUUUAUGAGAUCCUUUACUAUCUUCACAAAAAACACAGAUUUCCCAUCUCGAGUUAUUUAUAAAGUUGGUCGUGAUUUUAAAUUGUGCAUUUGUAAUCUCAGCAUAUAUUUUUUUUUCUUUAACAUUUCAACAAAACAGCACGCCACAAUGAGCCAGAUCAGUUUAAAACUUUAUUCUGGCGUUUUGGGUGGUUGGCUGUGACAGACUGUUUUCAGUGUUCCCUCUUCUCUCUGAAACAUUUCCUUUUUAAUUAUUCGUAUAUUUUGUUUACAGCUGUUUGCAUGCAUGUUCUGUUUUUUAUUUUUGCAUAUGGCUUUCAAAAUGUAUUUUCAGGUGUUUCAGGGAACAAACAGGUUUUUGUGAUUCCUCACUUUACUUUUAGAGGCGUGUGCUAGUUCAUUCACACUCAGAAAUAUUGAAAAUUUGGAAACUUGUCAAAUGCAGUAGCAGUUAGCAAUUAACCGCCAAUUCUGUUCUUGUUUGUUUGUGUUUUAUGUAAGUGGAAUUGCAUAUAA